AUAUGCAAAGAAUGUGGGAAACGAUCAUAUUAGCUUUGAUAAUGGUACUAUCAAUAUCUAUACAAACACAGGGAAAUGAGAAAGUAAAUGAUCUUGCCCGUGCUCCAUCGUCCGCACUCGCACCUCAAUCCGAGAAUGGAGUAUUGCCUAAGCCUAUACCUUGUUUAAACGACCUAACUAAAAUUUCGAAUUGUACAAAUGCAGUGAAACAUUUCCAAAUCAAAAGGGUCACAAAAAGCUGUUGUAUCAUCCUACUCAGUCUUCCGAACGAUUGUUUCGGUCGUUUAUUCGCUAUGCGCUGGAUCUAUCAUACUAUCCUGACGGUUGUCUGCAAAGCACUAGGUUACAUUAAAUAAAUUUUCUGUAUCAUUCGCUUCAACCGAUCGAUGUCGAUAAUUUGUACUAUAUUAUUCGGAUACAAUAUUUACAUCAUUUUUUGUCAUUUAUAAAAUACAAUCUUUUGUUA